AUGAAUGUUGAAAAUUUACCUCCAAUUGAUGGGAAUAUUGAGACAUCAGAUACUAAUAGAUAUAAUAUGUACCUCUCGCAAGUUAAUAAUCUAUACCCAUCGAAAAGAUAUAAUUACUCAAAUAUGAAAAAUCUUAGUAUUUCUUCUGAGGGAAAAAAGAUGCUUAGAAAUUUCAAUAAAAAAAUUUUUAAUAAUAACAAAUUAAAGAAUACUAGUAUUAGACGACUUAGGAAUUCGAGUUUUAAAACGUACCAAAAAUUGUUAAUAAACAAUAUUACACAUAUUCUGGAUACCCUUUUGCAGGGUUACGAUAACAAAUUGAGACCUGGAUAUGGAAAACGUUCAGUGAUUAUUACCGUGGAUAUCAUGAUUCGAAGCAUGGGUUCCAUUUCCGAAUUAAAUAUGGACUUUACUAUGAGCAUGUACUUUCGACAAACGUGGAGAGAUGAAAGGUUGGCCUAUGAUGGUCCAGUAAAAAUUUUGCCCGUUUCUAUUAAAAUACUUGAGCAAAUAUGGAAGCCGGACACUUAUUUCCACAAUGGGAAAGAGUCCUUUGUUCACAGUAUAACCGUGCCUAAUAGAUUCCUGAGAAUAGAUAACAACGGAUCUAUACUUUAUUCUACUAGAUUAACGAUAAAGGCUAGAUGUCCCAUGAGCCUUAUGAAUUUCCCGAUGGACAGACAAGUGUGCCCUUUGAUAAUUGGCAGUUUCGGUUACGAAACCAAAGACGUGAUCUAUAAGUGGGGCAAAAAGAACGCGGUUUCAUUUACUAAUGAUCUAAAGUUUUCUCAAUUCGCUAUGGUCCAUACCGAUUCCUAUGAAGUGCUUAUCGAUUCUCAUAUAAAAAAUUCUAGCAUGUUGAAAGUAGAAUUUCAUUUCAAGAGACAUAUAGGAUAUUUCCUACUGCAAAUAUAUUUGCCUUGUAUUCUGAUCGUUGUUUUAUCUUGGGUCUCGUUCUGGAUUAACAGAGAAGCUACGGCCGAUAGAGUCGGAUUAAGUAUAACAAGUGUUUUAGCCCUCUCGGCUUUUUUUCUUGAUGCCCGCUCAGAUCUUCCUAAGUCCCCUUAUCCUACUAGAUUGGAUAAAUUUGUAUUCGUUUGCCUUUUUUACGUCAGUUCUACCCUUAUUGAAUACGCAGCCGUGCAUUACAAUACAAAAUUUGGUACAGGGGAACUUUUGCUUAGUGAGAUGCUCGAUGUUAAGCUAGGAUAUCUACCGAAAGGACACCAACGAGACAAAGGUAAUGACUAUUCGGAAGAGGGAACCAAGGUCGAUGGUGUCAUGGGUGGUGGGAAUUAUAGAGGAAGCCUAAUAGAUCGAAUGGGAAACAGCUAUAGAAACCUUAGGAAUAGACGUGGAAAUAUCAGCAAUGAUCAAACAAGCAAAUCGACAUCAAAUGGAUCCUUCAAACAUGGAUCUUCUAACAAAAAGAGGGAUUAUUUAUUAAUGAUUGGUAAACUAACAAUUCUUGUCCUGUUUUGGCCUUUCUACCUCUUGAUAAAACUAUGGAAAUGUAUGACUAGUCAACCUAAAUGGGGGAAUCAGCCUGGUGGUAAGGAAGAAGCUAGGCGAAAUCAUGAACCCAAAGUCAACAGUGUCUCCGUUCUGGAUAAGAUUUGCAAAAUACUAUUUCCCGGUUCGUUCCUCAUCUAUAAUUACUUUUAUUGGAAACCUUAUUUUGAAGAAUAA